UCUCACCUGUCACCUCUCAACUCUCUACACUUGAUUCCGAUCACCGGAGAUCGGGAAAUAUGGAGUACAAGAACCUAGGUCGGUCAGGAUUGAAGGUAUCACAGCUAUCUUACGGUGCAUGGAUCAGUUUCGGCAACCAAUUAGACGUCAAAGAAGCCAAAACCCUCCUCCAGUGUUGCCGUGACAAUGGCGUCAAUUUCUUCGACAACGCAGAGGUUUACGCUAAUGGCCGCGCUGAAGAAAUCAUGGGACAAGCCAUCCGAGAGCUCGGCUGGAAACGAUCUGAUAUCGUUCUGUCUACCAAGCUGUUUUGGGGAGGGCCUGGACCCAACGAUAAGGGUUUAUCCAGGAAGCAUAUUGUUGAAGGCACUAAAGCUUCGUUGAAACGAUUGGAUACCGAUUAUGUUGAUUUGAUUUAUUGUCACCGGCCGGAUUUGUGCACGCCGAUUGAGGAAACAGUUAGGGCUAUGAAUUAUGUGAUUGAUAAUGGUUGGGCGUUUUAUUGGGGAACGAGUGAGUGGUCGGCACAGCAGAUUACGGAGGCUUGGGGGAUUGCGAAUCGGUUGGAUCUCGUCGGCCCUAUAGUCGAACAGCCGGAGUAUAAUAUGUUCGCAAGGCAUAAGGUUGAGAACGAGUAUCUUCCUUUGUAUAGCAACUACGGCAUCGGGCUUACUACUUGGAGUCCGCUUGCGUCUGGAGUUCUGACCGGAAAGUACAAUUCAGGGGUUCCAUCCGACAGUCGAUUUGCUUUGGAGAACUACAAGAAUCUGGCAAGCAGAUCAUUGAUUGAAGAUGUGCUGAAGAAAGUUAAGAACCUAAAACCAAUUGCAGAUGAACUAAACAUCCCCUUAUCUCAGCUUGCAAUUGCUUGGUGUGCUGCAAACCCUAAUGUUUCAUCAGUUAUUACUGGUGCUACAAAGGAGUAUCAGAUUCAAGAGAACAUGAAGGCCAUCAAAGUCAUUCCAAAGCUAACACCUGAUGUGAUGGAGAAGAUUGAUGCCGUUGUCCAAAGCAAACAGAAGCGGCCAGAAUCAUAUAGGUGAACAAACAACAAAACGCACACACACACACACACAACUUUCGUACACAUUUUAGCUUCCUGUUGGAGAUCGUUACAAUAAGAGUUGCAUCAAACCUUGUAUUAUGUAGUCGACCUCAUGUUGUUGAGGCUUUUAUAUCCAAUGGGAAUGUGGUAUAUCGAGUGUUUCACAGUUUGCUCUAUAAUGAUUAAAACAUUCGU